AUGUAUCCGGAGUACACCAUGCCGGCCGCGACGCCCUCAGCGGACGAGACCAAGGGGCUCUCGCAGUCUAUGCAUAAUCCACACAAUGCCGGCCAGUCCACCAGGCCAAAGUACGACUCCCCUCCGCGUCCGGAACACUUCGUCGUACGCAAAGGGCCCGAAGGCAACACUAUCGUGCCUCUCAUCCCGAUCGACAUGCUACCCGAUUAUGUCGAGCUCGUCGGCGUACCCCGGGUCCUUACUAUCAAAGAGACAACCAGCAUGAAGAACCUUGGCGAGUACAUCAAGCAGCCGGGCCAGUAUCGACUGCACUUCGUGGCCAGCCCUCUCGAGAAGGCGUACGAUACUCCAAGCAAUGAUGGGAAAGAAGUACUCGGGAAGGCUGCAGAUGAAGAUUCAUCCUUUCAGCGAGAAAAGCCAGCACUUGAGAUUUUGCCCGAUAACCUGACGGGAACGUCCGGAUCGGGCUCUGGAUCGGCAAAGAAAACCGUUCGCCCCGAAACCAAAACCCGCUCGAAAGCAGCACCAGUUCAAGCUCCUCCGCCGGCGGUGCCGACGCCUCCUCGCCGUGUACUAGACUGGGCCGAUGACACGGAGUCUGUCUCCACCGAUGACUUCUCCGGUGCCGAGAACUCCUCCGGCUCCAGUCGAAACAACGGCAAGCGGCGUGAUAACCGACAGGACAAGACGAUGUCCGAGAUGGAGAAGUCAACAGCCGAGACCGCGGACCGCAUGCUCAAGGUCGCCGCGGCGGCUUCAGCGCACCGCUUGGCUCCCACCCGCUCCGCCUCGGCUCCGAUGACCAGCUCCAGCAGCGGCAAGAAGAAGACCAGCAAGCCCAAGUUCUCGCGCCCCGCCGGCAGUCUCUGCCGCCACUGGUGCCAGACGGGCCAGUGCAGCUUCGGCACGGACUGCCGAUACACGCACCAGAUGCCCGUGACGCUGGAAGACCUCGCCGACGUGGGCCUCAUGGAGCUGCCGGUGUGGUGGCGCAAGUUGGCUGGGCUGCCCUCCGAGGGGACCAUUGAUGUCCGCAUUUUCUCUGCCGCCAGUGCCGUUGCAGCUGGAAGCAGCGACAGUGGCAGCAGCAGCAGCAGCAGAAAGAAGAGUCCCGGUCCAGCUUCAGCAGGUGCUUCUCCGGUGGUAUAUCUGUCAAAGAAGACCAAGCUCAGGGCCCACAAUGAGGAGAGGAGGUUGGCGGAGGAGUUUCAUGCCGUCCGUCUUGGGGUCGAGAGAGCCCAGGCGAGUGCCUCUCCCGUGCCUAUUGCUGGAGAAAAUGGCAAGAGAAAGAUGGGCUCGGGGAGCGCUGGGAUUCUGGCCAAGAAACCUCAGCAGGAGGCAGAGCCUGUAGUUGCGCGUGUUGUGCCAGCUUCUGAGCCUGUUGUCGAAAAGCUGGUCGACAUUUGA